AUGCCUUCCAAGGGUUGCGCAGUCGCCCUCGCCGGCGUGGGCGCAUACGCCGCCGCCCAGGCCUUCGUGGCCCCGGCCGCCCCGCAGGUGCAGGAGCAGCGUGAGGUGCGACAGCUGCGGCAGCAGGCUGCGGUCAGUGCGACCUCCACCACCUCCGCGACGGCCGCCCUGGCUCUGGGCGCGGCUGGCAUCGCAGCUGCCGCCGCGCAGGCUGGCAAGCGCACACAGCGCCGAUGCCAGGUGGUCCGCCAGGCCACUGCGGUUGCCGAGAAGACCUUCACCAAGAUGCCCGCAUCCGUGAAGCCCGGUGUGGUCACCGGCCAGGCCCUGGUAGACUUGCUGAACUAUGCGAAGGAGAAGGGGUUUGCCAUUCCGGGAGUCAACGUGGUGAGCAGCAGCUCCAUCAAUGCGUGCAUGGAGGCCGCCAAGAAGGCUGGCGGGCCCAUCAUGGUCACCUUCUCUCGUGGCGGCGGCCAGUUCAUCGCCGGCAAGGCUGCAGACAACACCGACGAUGCAGCCUGCAUCGCGGGCACUGUGGCUGGCGCCCUCCACGUCCGCCAGGUGGCCAAGCUCUACGGUGUGCCGGUGAUCCUCCACACUGACCACUGCCAGAAGGCUUGGUUGCCUUGGUUCGAUGGGCUCAUGGAGGCCAAUGAGGAGUAUUUCGAGAAAAACGGCGAGCCUCUGUUCUCGUCCCACAUGCUCGACCUGUCUGAGGAGCCUCUGGAGGAUAACAUCGCCAUCUGCAAGAAGUACUGCGAGCGCAUGGCCAAGGUGGAUCUGCUCUUGGAGAUGGAGCUGGGCGUCACUGGUGGCGAGGAGGAUGGCGUGGACAACAGUGACGUGGACUCCUCCAGGCUGUACACCCAGCCUGAGGAGGUGUGGCAGGUCUACGAGACUCUGUCAGCCGUGCCGAACGGCAGGUUCACCGUGGCGGCGGCGUUCGGCAACGUCCACGGAGUGUAUGCCCCGGGCAACGUGGACCUGCAGCCAGUGAUCCUGCACAACACCCAGAAGUUCAUCAAGGAGAAGCUUGGCACCGACGAGGACAAGCCAGUGUCUUUCGUGUUCCACGGAGGCUCCGGCUCUUCCCUGGAGGACAUCCGCUAUGCCAUCGAGGCUGGCGUCAUCAAGAUGAACAUCGACACGGACUCUGGGCGUAGAUAUGAUAGGUCUGAUAGGCCUGUGACAAGCCUGCUUUUGGCGUCGAGGGGAGGCGUGGACCCCAACAUGCAGCAUGCAGCUCAACAUGACACCGAGGACACGCAGUGGGCCUUCUGGGACGGCAUGAACUCCUACCAGAAGAAGAACAAGGACUACCUGCAGGCCCAGAUCGGAAACCCGGAGGGCCCGGAGAAGCCCAACAAGAAGUACUACGACCCUCGCAUGUCCCUCCGGUCUGGCGAGGAGGUCAUGGCGGACCGCCUGGUGAAGUGCAUGGAGGACCUGAAGUGCAUCGACGUUCUCUGA